CAAACACAAAAUGCUUUGAAAGCAUGGUUUGUAAUAAACAAUUUUGCCGCUAGACGUCUCUGUAUUCAGUUCAUGGACUUCCACAUCAAAUAUUGAUGACAGCUCCCGUGCAAAGAAAUACCUUCUUCAACCAUACGUGUUCAAGGCUGCAACCUCUGACUUAAAGGUGCCGUCUGCAGAUUGAGCCGUCGCCAUGGCAACCGUCAACAACAACAAGCCGAAAUUUCAAACAUUCGUGGAGAUUGUGUUCGACAGCCCAGAAAACACUGCAAACGCUGAGGGAGUAUUCACCAUCUACUGCAGCACAGGCAUUCCGCCAAACCUGAAGCCACUGCUGGAAUCCCAGAUCAAGUUUCCCAUCCCGGGGGUCAGCUACAAGACCGAAGGUCACUAUUUCCUCACGCUCACCACCAAGAUCGAUGCUGAACCCGUGCCCGUUGACCUCUGGCGUUUAACCUUCGACCCGACCCGAGUGCUCCAGGUCAUUUCCCAGGCCAUGGAAGGUUAUCAUAUCGUUGGAAGGUCAACAGUUGCGCUACCUAGUGGGCGGAUAAGGCAUUACUGGACAAUGGCGAAAUCCUGGUACAUGUAGUAAUACAUGCUGAUAAGAUAGUCAUUUUAUUGGCGACGCCUCAGAGGCGGAGGCAAUUUCAGGUGUCUUCUUCACAGUCACAUCCUGGGUCCCUGGUGCGUAUAUGUAGCUGGUGUGUCACUUCGAUUUAUUGCAGUGCGUAUGUCGGAUAUUUCUGCACAAGGUCUAGGACGGUAUAUAGAGGUUUCGCCGCCUUAGUCUUGAGGAUGCCUAACUCUAAACUUCUAACGUUAACCCUAAUUCUAAUCUUAACCCUAACCAUAACCCGAAGUCGUCCUUGUCCUGGUGCCGAAUUGUCCUGACCGACUAGGGCCUGAACUGUGCAGGUGCCGAAAUGUCCCUAUAGCACACGAAAAUACAUCACCAAACCGACAUAACAUGGACACUCGGGGAAAGCAAGCAAUAAACUUAGUAAUGGAUAGAAGAUAUUAAACGGUUCAAAUUGACAAAUUAUGAUGAGUAUUGAUGUCUAUCAUCAGCUAUGGACAUAUCUCAAAGGAUAAAAAUACGUUUUACGUAAUAUGUUUUCAUUAUCAUAACACAUUAUUGUAUUGUACCCCAAGAUUUAAGUUUAAUACAUACUCUUUUAUUUAUCGAACCUUUGAUAAGCUUAAGCCCUACUUUAUACCAGGAUGUAUAACAAAUGUUACUGUGUAGGCAAAUUUGUCCCGUCGGAAUGUUGUUUAAUCCAGAAAGUAUAGGAUUCUGCAUUACAAGGUAGUUAAGUAGCAACAGUGCCAUUUAUUGUUAAAAGGCCUUGUCUUGAAUAUGUCUAUCUCCCCAAAUUACGGAAGCUCUGUACUUUACGUUACAAUGGAGAAGCUUCACCAAUUUGAGUACUUUAUUGAUCUUUACCCGCAAUGGGUACAAGUAAGAAACUAGCCAUGGCAACUUUCAUGAUGUAUGAUAUCAAACCCACCUUUUCAGCUAUUCUACUACUGUUCACUGGUGAGCUGAAAUACAAAAAUGUACCAACCCCAAAUGUGAAUAGUUUCUUUUGCAGCGUCACUUCGUUCUCAGCUGAGCCUACUGGCACACGGCGCAACAGGUUUCAAUGAGAGGGUU